AACUCUUCCAUCCGCCUCGUCCCAUUUGUUCGUCUCCGCUCCUCUAUUUAUCGCCAGAUCUGUUCCUCUCCCUAUAAAAGGCCGAUUUUUUUGGAUUUGUCGGCCUAUAUAUGCAGUUUUCAGCCAUUUCCCGCUCUAAUCCGACCUUUGCCGACCUCCAAUCAUCCGGGCAGACCUAGAAUUCGUCGAGGUGCCGGCGGAUACGAUGAUGAAUUGGGUCCGAUCGUGAGAUCUAUACUUCUGCCUUGAUCCUUCGACGAUUCGCCCUUAUUCGACCUGUUGUUGAUUUGGAGCGGCAAGUAUUUGGUGAUACCCGUUCAGUGGAAAAAUAUUCGAAAGAUCGGUGAUCUAUAGAUCAAGUCAAGUUAUUUGAAGGAAUUUGAGUACAAUAUGCGGUUUUGAAGAGAAGCGAGCAAAUAUACUUGAAUUUUUUUGUUGUAAUUGACACCUCAGGAGUUGGAAAGUGGAUCAUGGCUGAUCAGGGCCUUGAGGGGAGCCAACCGGUCGAUCUCUCGAAGCACCCAUCUGGCAUUGUUCCCACGCUUCAGAAUAUUGUUUCAACUGUUAAUUUGGACUGCAAGUUGGAUCUCAAAGCAAUUGCUCUGCAAGCUCGUAAUGCUGAGUACAAUCCCAAGCGUUUUGCCGCAGUUAUCAUGAGAAUAAGAGAGCCAAAAACUACUGCAUUGAUAUUUGCAUCAGGAAAAAUGGUAUGUACCGGAGCUAAGAGCGAGCAUCAAUCCAAACUUGCAGCAAGGAAGUAUGCUCGAAUAAUUCAGAAACUUGGUUUUCCUGCUAAAUUUAAGGAUUUCAAGAUUCAGAAUAUUGUUGGUUCAUGUGACGUCAAAUUUCCAAUAAGACUAGAAGGCCUUGCAUACUCUCAUGGUGCCUUCUGCAGUUAUGAACCAGAGCUCUUCCCGGGUCUGAUCUACCGGAUGAAGCAACCAAAGAUUGUGCUCCUCAUUUUUGUCUCAGGAAAAAUUGUUAUCACUGGAGCUAAGGUGAGAGAGGAGACAUACACCGCAUUUGAGAACAUAUAUCCAGUUCUAACAGAGUUCAGGAAAAGCCAGCAAUGAUGCUGUUGCAUUUUGGUGCUAAUAUUCUGGAGUCAGAUCUGUACAUAAAGAUGAUGUCCGGAACCUGUACUGAGUUGUAUCCGAGGUUUUGCCUUGCUUGAGUUGUAAAACAGCAUGUUCCAUUCUGAAACUCCAAGGCAUAACGUCAAUAAAAACCUAUCAUCUAAUGUUUCCCC